AUGGAAAACCCGCCGUGGGACAGGGUGGGAGCCUGGUCUGCAGAGCAGCUCAUGAACCUCAAAGCCCCCCGAGGCCCAGAGCAGCAGUACAUCACUGCGGCCACACGACUAUUGAACACGCAGGACGAUCCCACCUACCACAAGAGUCCCAAGGUCAUCCAGAUACAAGCGGCACGGGUGAAGAACGUGCUGCUGAAGUCCAACUGCGUCCUGGAGGCCUUCGGCAACGCCAAGACCAACCGCAACGACAACUCCAGCCGCUUCGGCAAGUACAUGGACAUCAACUUCGACUUCAAGGGCGACCCCACCGGCGGCCACAUCCACAACUACCUCCUGGAGAAGGUGCGGGUGGUGCCGCGGGCGGGCACGGCCGGUCCCGAGUCCUCCAGCAGCAGCCAGGAGAGAGGAACUUCCACGCCUUCUACCAGCUUCGAGCAGUUCUGCAUCAACUACUGCAACGAGAAGCUGCAGCAGCUCUUCAUCGAGCUGAUCCUGCGGCAGGAGCAGGCCGAGUACCAACGGGAGGGCAUCGCCUGGCAGAGCGUGAGGGGCAUGGGGGGGCAUGGCCUGGCAGAGCGGUGGCUGGAGAAGCCCCCCAGUGUGAUGUCCCCCUCCCUCAGGUACUCGGUGGAGGGUUUCCUGGACAAGAACAAGGACACGCUCUUCCAGGACUUCAAACGGCUCCUCUACAACAGCGCGGACCCCGUGCUGCGCGCCAUGUGGCCCGACGGCGAGCAGAGCAUCACCGAGGUCACCAAGCGCCCCCUGACCACUGGCACGCUCUUCAAGAACUCCAUCGUGGCCCUGGUAGAGAACCUCGCCUGCAAGGAGCCCUACUACGUGCGCUGCAUCAAACCCAACGACCAGAAGUCGCCGACGUACAAGAUGACCUGCGAGUACACGUGGCCCAACCACCUGAUGGCCAGCGACCGGGAGGCCACGCAAGCCCUCCUGGAGCAGCAUGGCUUCCAGGAUGAUGUGGCUUAUGGCCACACCAAGGUCUUCAUCCGCACACCCCGCACCCUCUUCUGCCUUGAGCAGGAGCGGGCGCAGCUCAUCCCCAUCAUCGUCCUGCUGCUGCAGAAGGCCUGGCGCGGCGCCCCGGCGCGCCCGCGCCGCCGGUACCUGCGCGCCGCCUACACCAUCAUGGCUUACUACAAACGGCACAAGGUGAAGGCGUACCUGCGGGAGCUGCUGCGCCGCUUCCAGGCCGUCCGCACCCUCCCCGAUUUCGGCAAGAGCGUGGUUUGGCCGGAGCCGCCGGCGGGGGGGGGGCGCGUCCGGCGCCACGCCAGCCAGCGCCUCUUCCGCAGGUGGCGAGCGCGGCAGAUCAUCAAGAACAUCCCCCCCUCGGAGAUGGGGCAGAUCCGGGCCAAGGUGGCCGCCAUGGAGGUGCUGGAGGGGCUGCGGAAGGACUGGGGCUGCCAGCGCAGCUGGGCGCGGGAUUACCUCUCCUCGCCCAGCCAGAUGGCGCUGCCUUUCGCCCGCCGCCUCCAGACCCUCAAGGACAAGGUGCAUUUUGGCUCCGUCCUCUUCUCCUGCCACGUCCGCAAGAUCAACCGCUUCGGUAAGAGCCGGGACCGGGCCAUCCUCGUGACGGACCAGCACCUCUACAAGCUGGACCCCCGGCAGCAGUACCGGGUGAUGCGGGCGCUGCCCCUCAGCACCGUGACGGGGCUGAGCGUGACGAGCUGCCGGGCGCAGCUGGUGGUCUUCCACACCCGGAGCCAGGAGGACCUGGCCGUGUGCCUGCACAAGACGCAGCCGGCGGGGGACAACCGGGUGGGCGAGCUGGUGGGCGUCCUCCUGGAGCACUGCCGAGCGUGA